CAUAUAAUUAUAACCUGCAUUAAUCGAAAAUACUAUUUUACCCUUUCCCGCUUCCUUCUCUCAAAUCACCCGAAACCCCGCUAAAACCCUUUGCAAAACACAGCCGCCGUCGAAGUCGCCUUCAGGCUAUGAAAUUCCCGUCGGCUUGACGUCAUUUCUUCGUUCUCCUGUGACGAAUAUGGCUUUCAGGUUCCGGCGACUCAAAGAAAUCUUAAGGUCUUUGCCUCAAAUCUACUCUGGGUAUUACCAUCAGCAUCAUCAUAGGUAUGCUGUUAGCUCAUUGGCAUUGUCCGUUUCUCCAUCUCAUGUUUCUGAAGGAAUUGAUAGAAGGCUCUUAGAUGAUGGACGCCACUUUCUGAGGUUUUCCACAACAACUGGGCUGCAGUACGAGUCUUCUCCUGCAAAUGAUAUUUUUUCCUUCAUUAAGUCAACCUUAGAUGAGUCUGAAGGCCCUAACCACUAUUGGUUGAAUACAUCUAAUGGAAAUAAAGGAAUUUGUGAGAAGGAUGGAAUGUACUUAAUUCUUGCCGAUCAAUUUCUUGAAAUGACAAGCGCUGAUUCUGUUGUUUUGGUUGAAAAUGUAAAGUUCCUUCAGCAAAGGUUUCCUCAUCUUCAUGUGAUUGGGUUUCAGUGUUCCAGUACUCUAUCUGCUGCUGAAAAAAGUGACAUGAUCCAAUUUAUAAUGAGGGAAUAUAUUUCCUUUCCCAUUUUGUUGUCCAACAAGAUUUUUGAGGUGGUAGGGGGGCUCUGUUAUAUUAUCUCCAAGGACUUGAGUAACCCUUUGCUCAUCUGUGGGAGGGAAAUGGAUCUUAGCAUUCUUCGGAAAGCUAUUGAGGAGUUGCAUGAACCAGAAAAUGAGAAAUCUGGUCUGCCCAGUAAGGGGAGAACCACUUAUGUGAAACAAGCGGAAAUCAUGAAAGAACCAAAUUCAUGUUCUUUCAUGCAGAAUUUUCUUCUCCACUUUCCAGGCUGUAUAUCUGCAGAUGAAGAGGGUGACCGACUCUUCCUUUCCGACAGCAAUCAUAACCGGAUUGUUAUAUUCAAUAGCUCCGGAAAGAUCCUGGACAUGAUUGGUUCUUAUCCAGGUUUUGAGGAUGGAGAAUUUGAAUUGGUCAAAUUAGCUCGUCCAGCAGCUUCCUUCUAUCAUUCUACACAGAACUGCUUGUAUUUUGUGGACUCUGAGAACCAUGCCAUUAGGAAAGCUGAUUUGGGUAAGCGUGUUGUGGAAACUCUCUAUCCAGAAAACUAUUCAAAUAAGAAUAGUACUCAGUUAUGGAGCUGGAUUAUGGACAAAUUUGGUAUAGGAAGCAUUCCUGACAGAGAAGUGGAAGAUUUCAAUCCGCAGUCUCUGAUGUUUCCUUGGCACAUGAUAAGAUAUAUGGAUGAUAGAUUAUUGAUUUUAAGUCGCAGUCUUGGGACACUAUGGACCAUGGAUUUGGCUUCGGGAAAAAUUAUCGAAAUUGUUAGAGGGCUUUCAAGAAUUAUGGAGAACUAUGGGCAGUUGAUCAUGGAUAGAUUGUCUGUUCUGAAACAGAUACCUGAUGGUAUGUUGCAGCUGCAAACUGAUGCAAAUAUUACCACAGGGGGGUUACCAUACUUGGAUCUUUUAUCUUCUCUAACACCCUUUCAAAAUUGCAUAAUCAUUUGCGACUCAGUUGGACAGGUGGUUUUGAAAUAUAAUAGAAAAUCUGGUGAGAGCUCAAGCUUCCAAUUUUCAAAUUUUGGGGUCCUUGGAUUACCGUAUUGGUUAGCUCCACCUCCAGAGAAGGUUAUAGCCAAUGCCGAUAAUUUCCAAGGAGCAGAGAUUGAUCAUCUUCAAUUUUUCAGACUGCUGCCUGGUAAGGUUGGUAUACAAAUCAAUGUUGAUCUUCCUACAGAUAUUGAACUAGUGGAAUCAUUACAUGAAGACAGCAUAUGGCGACAGGCAAGAGGUACCGCAACUGAAAUCUCAAUUGUCGAGGAAGUAGCUGAGCCCUCAGAAAAGGUUGGUUCUGCUCAACAGUGGUAUGAUGAAUUGGAUAGUCUAGCCUUUUCACCGCAAGAAUCAGAAAUGGUGGAAGAUAAUGUUAGAGCUCAUAAUUAUAUUGGAGACAAUAAAGUUCACAUUGAGUGUGCUGUCAAUACGAGUCCUGGAACUAGCGAGGUCAUAGUUUAUGCAGCCCUAUAUUUAAGGCUUAGAAGAAACCAAGAUUCUGAAGGCAAUGAGGACAAACAUCAUGCAUUGAGGAUAGCAGAUUUUUUGUACCCAGGAAAUAAAGGGAAGAUGAUAAAAGAGGGUUGCAUCGAGUUCCUUAUAAAUUGUAAAAGAGAUUUGAGAGAGCUCAUUUUUGUGAAACCUUUGCAUGUCAGGAUAAAGUUGGAUUCUCUGGGUCACCCUAAAGCUGAAAAUUCCAAAGGUAUUAUACUCACAGACUCCUCAGUUGAAGUUAAUGUAUCACUUGCCUCCUAAGAUUCAUUAAUUUAUGUUCCUUGUACCAAAUGAUUGUAUCAUUUUAUAUGGUACCUAUUCUGUUUGAUUAUUUUUUAAAAAAUAAAAAAUUCUAUGAUCA